GUAUAUGAAUGAAUAUUAAUAUGAUUAUUAGUGAAAGGCAUGUGACAUUUUUGUGACUUAAAAAAUAUGGGGUUCAAGUAUUUUCUAACCGUGAUGUGCUUAUGGGCUUUGUUCAAAUCCAUGGCUUUUGCAACUUCUGAUGAUGGGUUAAUGAGAGUUAGUCUAAAAAGAAAGACUUUAAACAUUAACACUCUUAAUUCUGCAUGGAUUAAGGAGGUUGUUAAGGGUAUUAAUGAUAAUAAUUAUUUAACAACAGAUAUAGUUUAUCUAAAGAAUUAUCUUGAUGCACAAUAUUUUGGUGAAAUUGGUAUUGGUUCACCUCCACAAAUCUUCAAAGUGGUGUUUGAUACUGGAAGCUCUAAUCUUUGGGUCCCAUCUGCCAAAUGCAGAUUGUCUAUUGCUUGUUACAUUCAUUCCAAGUAUAGGUCCAAGUUAUCUAGCACAUACACAAAAAUAGGAACAUCGUGCAAAAUCCCUUUUGGCCGCGGACACAUUCCUGGCUUCUUCAGUCAAGAUAAUUUAAAAGUUGGGAAUAUUAUCAUCAGAGAUCAGGAGUUUACUGAGAUUACAAAGGAAGGAUCAUUGGAAUUUUUAGCAAUGCAUUUUGAUGGGAUACUUGGACUUGGAUUUCAAGAUAUUUCAGUUGGACAAGUCACACCAGUGUGGUAUAAUAUGAUUGAACAAGGGCACAUGACUCAAAAGGUUUUCUCUCUUUGGCUAAACCAAAAUCCAACUUCAAAUAUAGGUGGUGAAAUUGUUUUUGGUGGUAUUGAUUGGAGACACUUUAGGGGUGAGCAUACUUAUGUUCCAGUUACUCAAAAGGGAUAUUGGCAGAUUGAUGUUGAAGACAUUAUACUUGCAACCAAUUCAACAGGGCUAUGUGAAGGUGGUUGUGCUGCUAUUAUUGACUCAGGAACAUCUUUAAUUGCUGGUCCAACAAGUGUUGUGGCUCAAAUUAACCAUGCCAUUGGAGCAGAAGGAUAUGUGAGUUAUGAAUGUAAAAACAUCAUCCAUAGCUAUGGUGAUUUGAUAUGGGAAUUCAUAACUAAUGGGUUAAGACCUGAAAUUAUAUGUGUUGACAUUGGACUCUGCUCACGUAAUGGAACACAUGGAAUAAAUGAUGGUAUUGAAACAGUGGUAGACAAUGAAAGUUGGGAUGAGACACAAAGUAGAGAGAGUCCCUUGUGUACUUUAUGUGAUAUGAUUGUGUUUUGGAUUCGAGUUCAGCUUAAGCAAAGGAAUACCAGAGAAAGAAUAUUAAAAUAUAUUGAUGAGUUAUGUGAGAAGCUUCCUAAUCCAGUGGGACAAUCAUUUAUAAACUGCGAUAAUAUUCCGACCAUGCCGGAAAUUAUAUUUAAGAUUGGAAACAGAUCAUUUCCUCUAUCUCCAGAACAGUAUAUCCUAAGAGUUGAAGAUGGCUGUACAAGUGUAUGUUAUGGAGGUUUUGUUGCUAUAGAUGUGCCUCCACCACAGGGUCCUCUAUGGGUUCUUGGAGAUAUAUUUCUAGGGGCAUACCAUACAGUUUUUGAUUCUGAAAAUCUUCGUGUAGGAUUUGCUGAAGCUGUUUAAUCAUGGUUUAGUGUUAAGUUUUUUAUGUAUUUAUUUGUUAUUAAGAGUAAAAAAAUUGAAUUAAUAGCAGAUAAGGCAAGUAAUUAAUAGCCAACCAUAGUUAAGAAAAUUUGAGGAAAAAAAAAGAAUUGCACCAGCCGGGAAUCGAACCCGGGUCUGUACCGUGGCAGGGUACUAUUCUACCACUAGACCACUGGUGCUAUUGUGUUAAAAAUUGCAUUUGUUGUUUAUUUGACAUAGAAUCUAUUUUUUAUGUUGCCAA